AGCCAAGUGACCUUGUAUAUACGGCAUGUAGUACGGAAGGGAUCUCGUAUUGCAUACUUAAACCCUUUUAUUUAAUAAACACACUCAACGAAUGCAGUACGGAAGCACUCGGAGUCUCGGAAAGCGAAAUAGUUAAGUAUUGUUUUAAUAAAUACGUCGAGAGAUGUUAUAGAGCUUUCAAAAUAAGAAAAGCAUUUAAAGAACGACUCAACAUCAAUUAUUAUUGCGCUCGACGCAGUCACACAUUGUGACCACAACCUAACUAUCACGCGACGACACGCACCGAACAACACCAAACAACCAGAAAUGUACCAAAACGUGGUCGUAUUAAUUGUUUUGUGGACAACAGUAGACUGUGCGAACUACCAACGAUACGCCGAGCCUGGUGAUGCUAGAUAUGCAACACCUUCAAGUUACAGUAGCUACAGCACAGUAGCUAACCCUUACAGCCAAUAUCCCUACAAAUCUGGGAGUUAUGGAAGCGACGUCGCCAACUUCCCCGAAGUGACGAGGUACCCGAACUACAGUCCUGGUUAUUCGACGAGCAAGUACGACUCUUACACGACCCCGAGAUCCAAUGUGUUCUAUCCUCCUGGCGGGUACAGCACCUCAGGGUAUGGAGACUCUUACGGGCAAGGCAGCAGGGGCUAUGGCCAGGGAUACGGACAGACGGGACAAACUUACGGAAACAGCUACAGUUCGUACGAAAUGCCAUUCAUGAACGACAUCAGAGAUUACUGCGUGAACCGCUCUCCUCAGCAAGGGAUCUGGGUGGACAGCCUGAUGGGCAUGUGGUACGGAGUGGAGUUCGUGCAGCACUUGGCCGGUGAUUCCAGGGUAGACUACGCGAGGACCUGCAUCGUGAUACACAUAUCGGAGCCCAUGGAUAAUCCGUCGACUGAGAACCAGCUGUUCCACGUGCAGCACAUCAACGCCAAGUUCCGGCAAGAGUACCGCCACCUGCGGCUGCUGUGGGACGAGGCGGGCGAGACCAUCGAGUACUCACUGUACUUCCGAAACGACUCCGCCGGCUACUGGCAGGUCUUCGAUGGACAAAACGGAACAUUAGCGGCUCUACCAAAAUACCGGCAGUUCAGUGGCAGUAUACAAGUCCUGAAGGCGGUCAAUGACCACCUGCUCCUGAACUUCUGUCAGGACUCAGUGAACGGGAAGUCUCCGCAGCUGUACUCCGUCCUGUUCUCCCGCGAGCCCGGCUUCAUGGCAGAAUGGGAACUCAACUCGGUCCACGCUCUCCUACAGAACAAGAAGCUCUCCGUUGCUUCAAGAAGAAUGGUAUGCGGUAACAGUGCCGACAGACCUAUAGUUAGCUUAGCCUCAUCCUUCAUACUCCUAUUACUAGCAUACACGAUAGGCUCCUACUAACUUUGCAAUUUAAAAAAAUACUUUUUCGACAUUGAUGACAUCAUCACAAAUCUGUUUUCUUACCCACGCCGAUAUUCGGGAUGACAUAAUCAAACGGAACUUGAGAGAUUAGAUACAGAUAUAUAAUUUAGAACAGUAUCGCUCGCGUACGAUAAACAAUAUAUUAAAUGUUACUCAUACUUUUGCAUUCCAAAGAACUCCUUUGAUUUGGUAUUGAAAAUAAGCAGACGAAAUUUUAAACAUAGCAUGUCGAUUUAAAGUGGAAAGUGGAAACUUAUGACGUCUUAUUUAGACUUUGCAGAUAAGACUGUUUAAGUAAUAAAGAACUCUAUAUUGCAUUCCUUUGUUUCGCUAAAAGUGUUUCUGGAAUUCGCCGUGUGUUCCAUGUACGACCAAAAUGAAUGUUUUACAACUGCUUUUAAGGUACAGAAUUUAUGGCCAACUCGGCUGCAAAAUAUCAGUUGUAUGAAAUUUCGCAGUUUGGACGUUAAGUGUGCCAUUGUGUGCGCCCGUAGUCGUGCAUAUUGACUCUGAAAAUAUUUAACCGGUUUCAUCUCGCGUCCUUGUCUGCACUCGAGUUGUUACGAGCCGCUGUAUAGAGAAGCACAAAGGUUCCCGAAAUACAUCUACUUAUAAUGUAAUCCGUCCUUCUUACUUGAUAAUCAUAAGUAGAUGAUAUAAGUACACAAUAAUUUCGUGCCGACCUUCGUACACCUAGUAAUUUGAAACAAUUACUCGUUGGAACAGUGAUGGUCUCAAAUUUGUCGCAUCAUAUAUUUUUUUUUGUCGAAUGAUAGAAAUACUCCGUACUAAACAUAUUUCUGUUGAAUUCUUGUUUGGAUGUUGAUACGAAACUUAGAAAAUAUGUGCAGCUUACGAAUUCUGAGCGAGCAAGUGGUGCCAACAUUCAGGCAACUGCUGGCGCAUUAGAGUUAUGACAGUCGGAGUCAAGUUUAAUGUAAUAUUUCAUCCGUUAGGUUACACAACUGUAGCCGGUGAGCCGGCGUCUCGUGCCAUUCUAGACUAUAAUUUGUUAAACAAACAUCACUAGUUAAGGUCAAUUCUUACUACGGAGGAGGCUGAAUAAUUAUAAAUCCCUCCAAAAGUAUUCGGAGUUAACAUAAUUAUAGCUCCUUCUGUAGUAUGCACUGAUCUGAAUUUACAUUCUAAUAUUGUUUAAAUCUCCUUUAUUUAGUUUACAUACCUUCACUUUGCAAACUUGAUGUUUAUGAUUGAAUUUCGCUCUUGAACAACCUGUUAAAAACUGUCUUAGGUAAAAUUUAGAACCCUGUUCUUGCAAAUAAACUUUCUCAAGAGCUGCAGUAGAAAAAAAUAUAAUAAUGGCCAAUUUUAUCAGUUUGUAUAGGAUGACCGAUUUAAUUCCGAAUAAAUUAUUAGUUUUUCUGUUAUUUUGGUAUUUCCAUGCCAGUCUUCAUUGUAACAUGUUGUGUAGACGCGAUAAUGAUUCUAUUGAGUUAUAGUAAGUACUAAGUAGGGAAACAUAUGGUUUUAGAAAUGGUCACACUUAUGUUACGUAUAUAAUAGGUGCCCCUAUAUGUAUAUUAGAUUAUUCAUUCACCUUAGUAAUUUAUACACAAAUCUGUAAGACCAGAUGAUAUAUAUUAUUUAUAAAAACCAAAGAUUAAUCGAAAUGUAAUUUUAGGUAAGUCUAAAUAAAUACUUUAAAAAUCUGCUGUA